AUGGAAGCAAUCUCACCCCGCUCGCCCUCGCAGCCCUCGUCCUAUGAGCGCAGCUAUGACCAAGCUUCCUAUGCGCAUCCUUCGACAUACCCAUCGCCUGCCAGAACAGAGGGUGACACCUCCAACUAUAUGACGGAUUCCAUGGUCCUCUACAACCAGUACCCCUCAAUGACUCUCCCAAACCACUCCGUCCACCCCGCGCAGACCUUGUAUCCACUUUCACCGCACCCCACCGAGGCGCCCUGGACCCCUUCUCUGGCACCCAGCGCAUCUCCGGGCAUGGCGAACGCACAACGCGGCCGGGUAUGGACGGAGCCCUACGAGGUUAUGUCGUGGGAGCAAUCGUUCUCAUACAUGCCGUCUGGCUCUCUGGUCGACACCAGGCACUCUCCGGCGCUAUCCGACGGCGUCAUCCUAUCUCAGCGCUCAUCCAUCUCCUCAUACGACCCUUCCCUAUACUCUCAGGAUGAUUCCGACACCAGCUGGAUCAAGGCGGAGCCGCAGAACGAGCUUAUGAGCGACGAAGAUCCAAUGCGCGCCGCUCAGCCCUUGACUGUAUCCCCGCUGCGACUGGGCAACUCGAGUGAGACCAGCAUGGUCAAUACCAGCACCGCGCGGACGCGAUCACGGAGCGCAACGACGAGAGAGAACGCCACCCACAAAUGUGAGAUAUGUGGCAGGCUAUUCCAGCGCAGCUACAACCACAAUGCACACAUGGAUAUCCACAACCCCCAGCGGCCGAAGCCAAACGUCUGCAAGACCAAAGGCUGCGGAAGGAAAUUUGUGCGGAGGACAGACCUGAUCAGGCAUGACCAAAGUGUGCAUCUCAAAGUGAAGAACCACAAAUGCGUAGCAUGCGAUGCUCACUUCGCACGGAAGGACACUCUCAGGAGACACACUGAAGACGGGUGCCCCAAGCGCUUCGAUGUCAUAAACAGGCAGGCGCAGAGGCAGGCGGCGGCCCGCGGCCAAAGGGCAAUGCCAAUGCACAACAACGAGCUCCCGCAGCACCAAGCAACACCUCAACACAUGCCUUCGCUUGGUUAUUCGUCCCCGUACUAA